AUGGUCAUCCAAAUAGGUUUGGAGGCGGGCCAGGAUUACGUGCUCGAACAGCUUGCCGAGGCAAGAGGUGAGAGAGAUGGGACGGAGGUGCUCGAGGGAAAUAGGUUUGCCAGGUUUGGGGAUGAAAGAGACACGUGCAUGGGUCCAGGACGAGGGAAGAGUACCAGCUUGCCAAUGUGUGUUGAGAAGAAGAAGAACAACAACAACAGCAAAGACCAGGGCACGAACAAGAACACCAAGACGAAGGACAACAAGGACAAGAGGACCAAGAACAGGAACAAGAAGAAGAAGGACAGGAACAGGACGAAGAACAAGAACAAAAAGGACAAGAACAGGAAGAAGAACAAGAGGAUGAAGAAGAAGAAGAACAACAGCAAAGACCAGGGCACGAACAAGAACACCAAGACGAAGGACAACAAGGACAAGAGGACCAAGAACAGGAACAAGAAGAAGAAGGACAGGAACAGGACGAAGAACAAGAACAAAAAGGACAAGAACAGGAAGAAGAACAAGAGGAUGGUGACGAAUUAA